UAAAAAAAAAUCCCAGUACUCAGCCUUGCGGACGCCUUUAAACCUUGUACUUGGGAGUCAGAGGCAGGUGGAUUUCUUUGAGUUUGAGGCUAGCCUGGUCUACAAAGCGAGUUCCAGGACGGUCAAGACUGAACAGAGAAACCAUGUCUCGAAAAACCAAAAAUAUAAAUAAAUGUCAGACUUCAUGCAGUUUACAUAGUGUAUGAGCAAAUGACUCAAUGCUUUAUGCUUUAUCCGAUCAUUGAGGAAAGCUUUGGUCCCUUGAGAAUAAAUUAGUCCGUGACUUUAUCCACCUGAGUGUCUAGACACAGUUGGUCCUCGUUUUCAUUAAUAAAAGAAGAAGAAAAAUAUAGCUUUAUCCUCGCUCUGUAUAAAUACCACCGGAGACAGUCGGAGAUAUAAAGCUAACAAUAUUAGCUGAAAGUUCUCACUAGUUCUUAAGAUUUGAGAACGGGCGGAGAGUGAGAAAAAGCUGUAUACAGAGUCUGUACUAAGAGCCAGCUGCUAAAGGAAGUAGCUGAAUCACAAGGGGAGAAGAAGGAAAGAAAAGGCAUACCAUGCACAGGAGGCAUUGCCAAAGAGAAAGAGGAAGAAAGCAAAAGCCUAUUUAGGACAGCCUGCUUGGCUGGGGAGAAGCGGAGCCUAAUGAGCCAGAGAGGCCUGGUGAGCCAGCAGAGGGCAUGUGACAUCCUGGAGCUUCAGGGAAGAGCUUGCAGGGGUGCAAUGGAGAGCACAUCCACUCCAAACCUAGACACGAGUGGAGAAUAGAGGCUGCAGUGGUCAUCCUCUUCUGUAAGCUGCAGCCAUGACCCUGACGAAAGGUUCCUUUACCUACUCCAAUGGGGAGGAAUACCGUGGCGAGUGGAAAGAGGGCCGGAGACAUGGCUUUGGUCAACUGAUGUUUGCAGAUGGUGGUACCUACCUGGGUCACUUUGAGAAUGGGCUUUUUAACGGCUUUGGAGUACUGACCUUCUCAGAUGGCUCAAGGUAUGAGGGGGAGUUUUCCCAGGGCAAGUUCAAUGGCGUCGGAGUCUUCAUUCGAUAUGACAACAUGACCUUUGAGGGGGAAUUUAAAAAUGGCAGAGUAGAUGGUUUUGGCUUGCUGACUUUCCCAGAUGGUUCUCAUGGAAUACCCCGCAAUGAAGGUCUGUUUGAGAACAACAAGCUGCUGCGGCGUGAGAAGUGUUCCGCCAUAGUUCAGCGGGCUCAAAGCGCCUCCAAGUCAGCCAGAAACCUCACUGCCUGAGGGAGCUUUGGGCACAGAUGGAAAGUAUGUGUAAAGCAGUGGCAUCCCUUGUCUGCGUGCGAGGUGAACAAACGAACCGGAUGUGAGAUGAGAAUGACUGUGACACCACAGCCUGGGAGGUGCUCUGUCACCUGCCAAUCAGGAGUUCAGUCGCAGAAAAGUAUGGAGGAGUUCUGGCCCCGAGACGCUGCGGCAGUUAUGUCCUUCCCUGGCCCCGAUGUGCUCAAGAACAGGGCCUGCCCUUUCUUCCUUGUUAUUCCCAAGACCUUGGGUUACCUAGUGCUGUGGCCUUCUCUCCGCCUGCUGUCAAACUAUAGAGAAUCUCUUCAUUCCGCCCACCCUUUCGGCAGAUAAUCUGGGCCUGGACUCAGGCCCAGUCCUGUGUGCUACCACUGGAGAAAUCAGGAAAAAGUCAAGGGUGACUUAGACCACAACAGCUCUGUGAAGUCCAGGCCGGAGCUCUUCUGGGUGUUACCCACUCACGCACUGCAUUUGGAAGCCUGGCUGGUCUCUGUGUCUUCUUAUCCUUCCUCAGUGUAAGAGUGUGGUUUUCUUCUCACUCAGCUUUACCUGAGUCUUCCUUACCUGAGUUACAGCACACAGCCCAAUCCCCACCUGUGCCUCUCUCUUCCCUUAGAUGUCAGACAGGAUCCCUUUAUAGAAUAGCUAAGUGAGAACCUGGUGCAAAAGUAACUUAUGACCUGCAUUCAUUACUCAAUCCAGGGCAAAGGGCAGACCUAUCCAGGCCUUCUAGGGAAUGACCUGGAAUCCCAGGGAAGGCUUGCACCGAGAGUUCCUUCCCAGUGUACCAUUGGUUCAGGCUCAUUGUCCUUUGGGUGUUCAAAGACUUGGAUCCAUCCUAGUGUGAAGUGUCUAGCAUGGGCUCCUCCAUUUGGCUCAUGACUCUGGAAGCAAGAGUCUUGGCCCUUGGUCCUGGGACAGAUCUUCCUGCCAAAAUCAUCACAAGGUCUCCAGUUAGCCUAGGUCCCAGCCCCAGGCCCAGCCCCAGGCCCCCAUCCUCAAAUCUCUCUCAACAGCAGACUAUGGUGGAAAUUAUAGCUGUGUGCCUCUAUUUAUCACCUGAACUGUACUGUAGAAACAAUUGUUUAUAGGAAUAAACCAAUCACCAGAACUGCC